CGGCAGCAGCUGGUCUCGGUGUAAACAAGUCGAGGCGGCUGCGAACCGGGCCGGGGGGGACGGCGCCCAUCAGGAGCGCCCCCCACUCCCAGGCCAGGCUACCCCGCGGACCGGGCCCCCCACGCGCCCAGGCGAGAUGCCAGCUCAGCAGGGGUGAGGCCAGAAGCAGGUGGGUGACUCACCUGGAGCUCCUCCUAGCCUCAGUUUACCCGCUGAUGCAACCUGAGGCCUCCUCAGCACUGGGCUCCCUCUGCUCCCCGUGGGCCGCUCCCCGCGUGGGGCCACUGCCCUUGGCCCCCGCCAUGGUGCGGAUUUCCAAGCCCAAGACGUUUCAGGCCUACUUGGAUGACUGUCACCGGAGGUAUAGCUGUGCCCACUGCCGUGCUCACCUGGCCAACCACGACGACCUCAUCUCCAAGUCCUUCCAGGGCAGUCAGGGCCGUGCCUACCUCUUCAACUCUGUGGUGAAUGUGGGCUGCGGGCCAGCAGAGGAGAGGGUGCUGCUGACAGGACUUCAUGCUGUCGCUGACAUCCACUGCGAGAACUGCAAGACCACUUUGGGCUGGAAAUAUGAGCAAGCCUUUGAAAGCAGCCAGAAAUACAAAGAGGGGAAGUACAUCAUUGAACUCAACCACAUGAUCAAAGACAACGGCUGGGACUGAGCUAGCUCCUGACGCAUGUGGCGUCCUCCUGGCCUGGCCGCCAGGGGGAGCCACUGGGAUCGCUCCUCCUGAAGGGAGCUCUGGACCCUCAGGGCCCCCACAGGGGAAGCAUCCAGCUCCUGUACAUAUAUUUUAUUGCAUGCACUGUGACCUUGGGGGGGAGACCAGGAGGGGGACUGCACCCCCAGUACCUCCCUGCGAUCUGGCUGGCUUGGAUCUCAUUUUUUAACCCCUUCCUGUCCUGCCUGUCCCAUAGAUACGGCCUGUGCGCUGCUCUCAUGGCCCCGGUGCACUAUCUUCCUGUGAACUUCUCCCACUGGAUCCCUCUUACCCGCAGCGUGUCUGUUCUCGUUCUGUAGCGUUUGUAAAUAAUAAAACAAUGAAAUGGA